AGGGGCGGGGACAGGUGCCCAGACCCACGGGAUUCUCACGCAUCCCGAACGCGGCCACGCUCGCCGCGGGCACACGCGGCGCGCUGUGCUCACCCCUGUCUGCCUGCGCGCCCGGCACGCCCGCGCCCACUCACGCCCGGCCCUGCCCCGCGCCCUCAUCGUCUCCUCCCGGCCUCCCCUCAAAGCCCACCACCGCUGCCCCCACGCCACCCACCCCACCCCACCCCCGCCCCUACCGCGCGGUGCCCGAGACCCAGAGGCCAGACCCCGGCUACCUUUCUUCACCUCCUUCCCAUCGCAAUCGCAAGCCCCCGGCUCCGGCGCUCGGCGGUCGGCCAGGUUCGGGAGAUCACUUCGUCGCGGCGAGGAGGGAGGGGGUCGCCGUUAGCGCGCGGCACUUGGAUGAGAAGGGCAGCGGUGGAGGAGGAUGCGGAAGGCGUACAGGGACUCCAUCAAGGUGCUCGAAGCUGACAUCCAGCACGCCAACACCCUGGCCUCCGAGUUUCCCCGGGACUAUGAUGGUGCGUGCCUGCAGAUGCGGCUGUCGUACAGUCCCGCAGCUCAUAUAUUCCUCUUCCUGGUGCAGUGGACGGACUGCAGCCUCGCAGGGGCUCUUGGUCUGCUGAGAAUCCUCAUAUACAAGGUUUAUGUGGAUGGCACAACAACCAUGUCGACUCAUGAGAGGAAAUCCAGCAUCAAAGAAUUCUAUGCUGUGAUAUUUCCUUCUUUGCUGCAACUGCAAAGGGGGAUCACUGAUGUCGAGGACAAGAAGCAGAAGGCCGUAUGCAUGGAGAAGUACAGAAAGAAAGAUGAGGAUGGACGGGACACCUUAUCUGAUAUUGAUGUUGAGAGGGAAGAGGAGUGUGGGAUUUGCAUGGAGAUGAACAGCAAAGUUGUGUUGCCCAACUGCACCCAUGCUAUGUGUAUCAGAUGUUACCAGGACUGGGUUCAUUGUAUUAUAUCAGCAUUAAGAUUGAAUGCUGUCUAUGUUCCAGAUACCAUACUUUGACGAUAACAUUGGUUUUCCUACAGGAGUUCAAGAUCGCAGUCCUGCCCAUUCUGCCGUGACAACCUGAAGAAGACCUGUCCUAGUGACCUGUGGAUCUAUGUUGAGGACCAAGAUGUGGUCGACAUGGAGACGGUGUCGAGCGAGAACCUCAGACGGCUGUUCAUGUACAUAAGCAAGCUGCCUCUGAUUGUCCCAGACGUCAUCUUCAGCGUGUAUGAUUCCCACAUCAAAUGACUUCCGACGCGACCUUCCCGACGACCUUCAGCCAGUGCCCAGCUCCAGUUAAUCUUAUGCCCCCAUGUCCUCCAUUUUCAUGCUUUGCUCAAGCUUUUGGAAGUGCCUGAACUGAUUUGGAACCGAAAGCCUUCCGGUGGUGCUUUAGAAACUUGUUUAGUGCCUGCAUGCAUCUUUAAUCAUAUGCAGCCACUCUGUACAUAUCUGACUUGGCUCAGUUAAUAGGGGACUGUGCUUGCCCCAAAUGGAGGCAGGGCCGUUUGUGUCUUUCUCAUGUUUCCAUUAGCGAAGCAACGCAAAGUUCUGGGCA